AUGGGCCCACCAACGAACGCAUAUCCGUGGGAGAUGAGGCAAACUACCUCUUCGCCACAGGCCCUACGUGCACAACCAACGAAAUUUGAGGUAGUGAAGCGCAAUAUCGCCACCGUCUGGCAAGGACUCAAGAAACCAAAAAUGUCCAAGCCAGCGCAGUCAACCAAGCGCAACCCUCUACUUCUUCGAGUCCGACGGUUGUUCAAGAAGAAAGAACGAACGGCUUACUACCGUCGUUGUUCGACCAUCAUGACCAGGAAGUCUGCGUUGGAGCCGCUUCUGAGAUUGACCGCGGUACGAGCUUCCAUGAUCGGUCUCGACUUUGACGCCAACCGAGUGAGCGGCUACCCACAACACGCACGACGAGCGUCAAGAUUCCGGGUUGAGAAAGCUGGCCGUCAACAAGAUAUCAAGAGACGUCGGAAAGGAUCUACUUGCCAGAUUAGCGACAAUCCUAUCACGCCUUCGUUUCGGUCUGAGAGACGCCGUCCCAACUCAUGCAUUAGUUCUCACCGACGAUUCUCCAAUAUCACCAGUCCGUCUAGUUCCCGGGAAAUUUCGGUAUACGAUUCCACCAAGGACUAUGGAGCGCCGCCGAACAUCCCAGCCAAGUCACGAAAUCGUGCUGCGUCCAGCCCGUGGGGAGGAAGCGGGCAGAGUGUUGUGAAGCCAAGUGGAUUAUUCGACAUGACCGUUCAUCGAGUUGGUGAGGGGCGUGGCCGUGUGGGUUUGCAAGGCCAUGAGGAUGUCGCAUUAGUAGUAAGUGGGAUCCAAUAUUUGCUUGUCCUGGCGGUUGAGUUGAGAUGAGAUGUCGUCGAGUCGCUUCUCGGUUACUCAGUAGCGAUGAAUGUGCAUGUAGUAAUUUUAGUGCGGUGGCUAAUUAGUGGGGUUCCGCAGGCACAAGAGAAGGAAAGAGCGGAGCGGAGGAUGCAGGCCAAUGAGAGAGGACCUGCAGGGCAGCGAUAUCCUACGAUUGACCCCGACUGUGACCCAGAUCUUCUCUAUUACGACCUAUCACAAUUGACGCCAGAGCAGUAUCAGGCACAAGCGGACAUUAAUGCCCAUUACCACCGUUUAAAAGUUGAGGCUAAAGUCCGUACACGCCAACUCCAACUUGGCCUUGACCCUGGACCCCCAAAUCCUUGCACGCCUUCACAAGGUCGAGGACGAGGACGAGGACGACUGCCACCUCCAGUGCCGCCGCACUCUACCAGCUUUACUCGUAGUGCCCGUAGCGGUAGCGGUACUUAUAGUGAAAGUGGCCCAAGCGCCCCCGGCAGUUCUCCGCUCACGAGAUUCCGCUCUCGACCACAUGCAGGCACCCGCACCCGCACCCCAAAUGCAAUACCAACAGCAACAGGCCCUUUCAGCACUCCCACGCGCAGAAACGUUACCAAUCCAGAAUACCAGAACCUAGACUUAGAUCCUUACGAGUACUAUCGUAACGGUUUUCCCCGACAGGCACCCAUCCCCAUCCCCGUCACGCCGGUCCAUCAGACCAGAUACAAUUGGAACACUCCACGCUACCAGGAUCAUCAUCUGCCCAGAUUGUUGGGUCAAGCUCACGCUCACGCUCAAUUUCAACCUCUUGUAGAAAGUAGUGAAUCUCCUUCUACUUCUGCCUCUAGAUUUCAAUUCCAAGUUCCACCGGCAAACGAUCACCUUUUCUCUCCAACAUCGUCCGUAUUAUCGCCGGAUAGAACUCGCCAUUACGGCGCUUUUGUCGAGGCGCUUUUAGAGGCCCUACCUGGUGUGCCAGAGUUGCAAUCAACAACGACCGCCCAGUCGGAAGCUGAGACCAACUUCACCGAGGCUGAGACCAACUUCACCGAGGCUGAGACCAACUUCACCGAGGCUGAGACCUUCGUUGAACAGUCAGACACUUCGUCUCAGGGACAGCUACAUACUUUUCGGGAGGAAUCACACCACCAACACCACGUGCCACAUUUCCAGCUGGUUGUAGACUUUGCGACUCUUCCAGCCAAUUUUGAUGGGACCAUCUCGUCUACAAUUAUGGCCUCUUCAACCAGACUGCAGGUGCAAGGCACCAGCAGUAUGACGGAGACCAAGCAACGAGCACAAGAGGAUGCACAAAAGAUGCAGAGUGCUGUCAACGAGUUGUGCGCAAAUACGGGCAGACCCCAGCCCAGGUAUGAGCUUCUGGAACUCAUCGGCAAGGGAAGUUUUGGGAGAGUCUAUUUGGGGUAGAGUACCACCUUCUGUAGUAUCACGUUAUUUGAAGCUAACUGUUGCAUAGAGAACACAAGCAAACAAAGGCCCUAGUGGCCAUAAAGGUCCUGAAUAUAGAAGAGGCCGAUAUGGUCAACCCAAGAGGAUCAGAUGCUUUUGGAGACAUUCGAAAGGAAAUUAUGGCUCUCCAAACCUUGCGGGACCAUAAAGCUAAAAACAUCAAUGUUAUCAUGGAGGCUGAGAAUUGGGGCAGCACCGUAUGGCUUGUCACGGAGUAUUGUAGCGGCGGUAGCAUCCAAACACUUGUAAGUAUCAAGAGUACCCAAUACACCGUCAUUAAAUACUAACAUGUUCAUCAGAUGAAACCCACUUCCCCAAAUGGCCUUGCUGAACAAUGGGUUAUCCCUAUUGUACGGGAGGUGGCAGAGGCUAUCAUGUGGGUCCACAGAGUCGGCUUGGUGCAUCGAGAUAUCAAAGCCGCCAAUGUUCUCAUUACUGAGCAAGGCUCUUUGCAACUUUGUGACUUUGGUGUUGCUGGUAUCGUUGAGGGCAAACUAGACAAGCGCACUACAAUUAUUGGAACUCCUCACUGGAUGGCUCCUGAAUUGCUACUCGCACCGCCAGGUGCCACAUAUGGCAAAGAAGUUGACAUAUGGGCAUUUGGUUCAUUAAUCUAUGAGUGUGCUACUGGCUAUCCCCCCAACGUUGGUAAGCCACUAUCAUCUAUGGAAGCUCUUGGAAGAAGCAUGCAGAAACCUGAAGAUGCGCCUCGAUUGGAGGGUGAUCGUUACUCGGACAACUUGAAGGAUAUCGUGGCAUUCUGUUUACAGUCCGAUAUCGAUAAGCGACCAAAAAUCGAGGCCGUUCAAAAACACCCUCACAUCGCGAAUACGGAAAGCCAGUAUCCAACUGCUACUCUGGCAAGCCUUGUAGUUGCAUACAAGGCUUGGACUGACCAAGGAGGUUAUCGAAAAUCGUUGUUUCAAUCAGGCGGAGUACAAGAAGACGUGUCUGGCCUCGCCGCUCCAGUUUAUGGCGACGACUGGAAUUUUAGCACAACGGCGACCUUCGAUGCGCAAGUAUCGCAACUUGCAUCGUCCCUCGACAUUGACGGCGUUUACGCUGGCAACGCUCUCGAUCUUAGGGACGAGACAGUUCGCCCACAAAAGGCAGGACGACGACGACCUCCGCCAGAAGCGCUCGCUCGUGUCCCUCCUCCACUGGCAAAGGUCUUUGAUCCAAACACGAUGAGCAACUACAAUACCUCAAGUAAAGUUCACUACAACGCUGCGCCACAACAAUACAAUUCACUGCCUCCAGACUUGUAUGAGCCGCCGAGUAACAAUCAACGGUCGGAUCUUCCGCUUCGCAACAACACCGGACGCACCUCAACCCGUGAGUCAAUGAUCGAUCUUGGAGGUCACGACAUGGAGACGGGAAUAUCCAGUUUCGCCGACACCAUUAAACCUGGCAACCGCCAACCGUCUGAGGACGAGGACCAUUCUGACUUUCAUCGACCAGCGUUGAGCGAUCCUGCUGACACCAAUCCAAACCGACGCACACAAGAUUGGAAGUUUCCGUCGAUGGCUCCUGCUUCAGCAGACCCCGAGGUAUCAAGAUUUCCCGCUUCCAGCUACGAGCUUCCCCGCCCAGCAGUGACGCCUGGUGCUGGUGGUCGUCCAGCCCUCAUGCAUCACCCUACUGAACCUCUACCGAACAUGGAUCGGCAAUCUGUAGCGUCGCUCAUUGAUCUUGACAUGGGAAUGCCAGAUCCUUACCCAGUAACUCGACCUUCAACCGCCAACUCGGACGUAGGAUCUGCCACAAGUGAGCAUGUCAAUACCGGCAAUCCGUUUGAGUUUGAACGACACGCGUCAUAUGUCGUUCCUAAUGACUACGAUCCAUCAAUCUAUUUGGAGGAAAGCAACCCUAUCCAAUUCGAUCGGGAUAGUCGAAUCGAUCUCGACAUGGCCUUAGGUACCUCCGGAUCUCGAGACGUUGGUGAAUUACCCGACUUUUCCGAGGCGGAGACAGCAGUGCAAUCUGGCGAGUACGACAAUGUUGAGUACCUACAUGUUGGACUCCCACCAAACGAAAACCAACGACAAAAUUAUACCUUUGACCACUUCCCUCCGUUGGGCCCACCACCAUCAGCCGCAGCCCUUGCUGGAACGGCGUCGCGGGAUGAGAUGCUGAGCGAGAUUGACAGACUCCUGGGUGGGUUCAGAGGCCAGCUCGAGGCUUUUCGCGACGUUUAUGAUUCUCCGGCGGUCAGAUCUCGAUCGAGUGCUAGCAAUAAUUCCAACAAUCGCCGACGAUAAAUCUCUCACACUAUGAUAUAUCUGUUUCAACACAUACUCACGAAAACGGUCAACGAGCACGGAUGGUUGAAAAGAUUGUUCCUUUGUUUUACUCUUCUCCUGGCAAAAAUAGACAAGACACAGUAUGCCGGAUUUUUCUUGUUGCUGUUCGAAGAGCACAAGAUACGAAAAAAAAGGUUUUGUUAGAGUCAUCUUGUUCCUUCUAGUUGAAUUGGAUCCCUGAUCCCCAUUUCCUUGGCGCGGGCGUUUUUAUUUGCGUUGUUUUAUUUUCUUUGGGAAUUUAAUGAUGUUCACGACUGAAUGGAAAGGACCUAUGGACGAAGCGUGGAUUUUAAGGACUUUUCUCAAAUUUUCUUCUCAUGUGGUACAUCCAUGUCUUUGUUGAGCUGAAGGUUUUCCUUCUUGAUCGUAUUUCUUCCUACUUCCUUGUGUUUGUGGGACAGUUGUCGAUCCUUUUGCUCGCGGGCAUUUCCUCUUUGGGAUGAUGUAUCUGAAGAUUGGUGGGAUCAAAAAAACAGCAGUUGAACCAAAAAGGUGUCGGGAAAGACAACUCUUGUACGAUGGGAUCAACGAGCUAUGUCAUGAAGGAUGCUUGUUUCGAUGGAAACACAAUCAAAAUAGAAAAAAGAAAUAAAUUUUCAUGUGGUCAUGCUACUGUAGAUGCUCUGCUAUAGCGAGGACUUCUUGGGGGAUCUGUUUGUGGCGGGCUUUGUGUAGCUAGCUGGCAAUGAAUGGGAUACUCUCGUUUUAUGAA